UUAUAAAAACAUGAACGCUUGAGCUAACGGCAAUGGAUUCCCUUUGAUGGUGAUGGCUCUUCAAUGGUAAAAGUACCUUUUCCAAGUUCAGUGAAGCAUCAUGGGACCCUGUGUGGUGUCUCUCCUCUUCCUGUUGCUCCCUGUCAUCACCAUGACCUCAGAAGUAAUGCCCGGCUGUAAGAUUAGGAUCACCUCCAGAGGCCUUGAAAUGCUGAAACAUGAGACAUUAAAGUUUGUGGAAGAGGAGCUGAGCAAUAUCAGCAUGCCAGAGAUGCAUGGAAAAGAAGGCCGUUUUCAGUACUCCAUCAAAGAAGCGAAGAUCAGUGAGCUCAACCUGACAUAUGCUGAUCUACGUUUCCAGCCAGAUCUUGGCCUGCUCUUCGAGGUGCAGAACUCUUCCAUAACCGUCAACUUCCAAAGACGCAUCCUCUACUGGUUUUUCUAUGAUACCGGAGCCAUAAAUGCAUCUGCUGAUGGAGUGAACAUCCACACUGUGCUCCAUCUCACUAGAGAUGACAUAGGACGACUCAAGAUCUCCAAUCUCACCUGUGAUGCUGCCAUUGCUAAGAUGAGAGCUAAAUUCACCGGAACGCUUGGGAGGGUAUACGAGUUCAUCGCUACAUUUUUGACCACAGGAAUGCGUUUCAUCUUGAAUCAGCAGAUUUGUCCAGUGCUAAACCAUGCUGGCCUGGUUCUUAUCAACUCUUUAUUGGACACUGUCCCAGUCCGUACUGAGGUGGAUAACUACAUUGGCAUCGACUACUCCUUACUCAGUGAUCCUGUGGUAACAGCCAAGAGCCUUGACAUGGACUUCAGGGGCAUGUUUUAUGAGCUGCAGAAUGAAAACGACACGCUACCAAAUUAUUCCAUCAAUCCCGUCGUGAGAGAAUAUGACCGCAUGGUCUACCUGGCCCUGUCUGAGUUCUUCUUCGACAGUGGGCUCUUCUCCUAUUUCAAAGCCGGCAUGUUCAAAAUGUGCAUUGCAAAUGAAAGGAUGCCAAAGGACCUUGAGAUGCUCCUGAGGACAACUUACUUUGGCACUAUCAUGAUGCUGAACCCAGCUCUAAUGGAGGCUCCUCUCUCUUUGGAGCUGGAGGUAACGUCAGCCCCACGCUCUACCAUCAAGACCUCUGGGGCCCAUGUGAUGGUAAACGCCAUCGUCACAGUAAUGGUCCUCCCCCCAGGACAGCCACCCAUACAGCUGAGCAGUAUGACCAUGGAGUCCAAACUGAACGCCAAGGUCUCAAUGAAGGGCAAAAGGCUGGCUGUACAUGUGGAUCUCAGAAGGUUUAAAAUUUUCUCCAAUCAGUCUGCUCUGGAGUCAUUAGCACUGAUUCCUCUGCAGGCCCCACUGAAGACCCUCUUACAAAUUACUGUGGUUCCCCUUAUCAACAAUCGAACGAAGAGAGGUGUGCAGAUUCCUCUGCCUGAUGGAAUGGAUUUCAUUGAGGAGGUAGUGGAAUAUCAUAAUGGCUACAUUGUAAUCGGGGCCAACCUGCACUUCAGUAGGGGUCUGAGAGAAGUGAUAGAGAACAAACUGUCUCAAGACACUGAUGAAAGUGAUUAAGAAGACAAACGUAUCCAUAAAGGGACGCAGCGUCAGCACCUCUCCCCCUUUCUUAAUGUUUACCACUUACAUCGCACUCAGUCGCACUGGGCACUUAGAAAUAGUCAAAUGUGUGGUUUAAAGUAGGUUUACAAAAAUCACCUAGCUCACCCCAGUGACAACCACAGAUCUGUCCAAACUGCUGUACCCAAGUGCUAUGUCAUUUUGUCUGUAUAGAUAGAUGAUGGUGUUACUAUAUUUUCCUUGUUGGCGCUUAAAUAUGCAUUUACAGAACAGGACAUGGCCUAAGUUUUGUAUGUGUACCAUUUAGUGUUGAAAAUGUAUGAUGUUUUUAAGCAUAAUUUUAAAACAUUACUUGAUUUGUUACUAUCUUUUUUGGGCCAUGUAGUAGCAGGAGAAAUGUUUCAAAUGUGUAACUAUCAUAUAUGUAUGUUACUUUUAUAGCUGAUCUGAAAUGACUAAUCAGGAUGAAAUAUUUGAAACAAGACUCCAACGAAUCAUUAUUUGUAAUGAACCACAAAUCUGAAGUUGUCUAUUCAUAAGAUUUACUGUGUUGUAACACUACAGAUUUCACAUCUGAUUAGAGGGAGUCCUUUGUUUAAUACUGAAUUUGUAUUCAUAUGACUGAGGUUGAUUUGACUUAAUAUUAAAAGUCUAUUUA